GGAAAGAGUCCUUGAAUAGAGGCAAGAAGCGACAUCUAUGCGGACGCAUUUCGAGACUGCCCAGCCGUAGGCCAGGGUGGGAGAAAGUAGCUCAGUCCCUCCGUCUCACACCCGGGCGAGCUAUCGUGAUCGUGAACGGGGAUCAUCACGGCAAGAAGUCUUUAUUCCCGUGUCUCAUCAUGAGUCAGGAAGCGAGCCCCUCCCCUGUACUCAUUCGAGGGGAAAUGGUGAAGGCUCCUGAGGCUUCGCGCUCCAUAAUGAAGGCCAGCCCCGGAGCUCGAGUGGUGCCAGGUGAGAACCACCACCGAGUCCUAUGUAAGCAAGUGAGCAUCGAAAGCCCUUCGAAGGCGACUAAGGAGACAGUGUUCACUUUCGAAGUGCCCAUGCCCCCUGUGCCUGAGUCGGGGGCCAGAAUCAAGGUGGUCUGCGCAGGGGUGUGCUACAGGAGACGGGAUUCCACGUUGAGAAGAGACAGCAGCUGCGACUCAGCGACUGCCAGGAACCGAGGGAUCCGGGAUGCUUCCCUUUUCCCCGGCUACGAGGUUGCAGGGAUCGUGGAUGCCCUCGGGGAAAAUGUCCAGGAGGACGGGGAGGUCGAAAUCGGGGAUCGCGUUAUUGUUUACCCCUACGACGGAAUCCCGCACGGGUAUGCGGAGUACAUCUCGAUCCCCGAGACGCAGUAUCUUCUGAAGUUGCCGGUGGGGAUUCCGUUGCCCGUGGCAUCGAUGCUUCCGACCGGAGCUCUGUGGGCCAUGAAUGCCGUCUUCGAUGCCAAGAAACAUGUAGACAGCCUCCACGCCGAGAUAGAACAUGAAAGAGACAAGGUGAAGGUGCUGGUGGUUGGGACUGGAGGUCUUGCCCUGUGGGCUCUUCGUUUGGCCAUUUUUUACUUCGGCCACGAGCACGAGAAGGUCCAGGUCACUGUGGCCACUCUAAAGGAUGAAGGCCUCGCAGACGUCGCCGCAGAUUACGCUAACCAGUUCAACGUGGUGCACUGGGACGAAGAGCUGCACGAGAAGGCGUUGAUCGAGAGGACGCUAGAUGCAUGCAAGGGUCCCGUUGACAUUGUCAUCAACUUCGGGACAACUACUCGGAGUCUUCUCCGUUCCCUGCAAUGCCUCACACGGGGCGGGAUCGUAUUCAUCGGUUCGGAUGCCAGCGACUUCUUAAUCAAGAAAUUCCAGAGACAGUGCGAGGACAGUCGGCAAAAGAUCGAGGCCGUGGAGAUGGGCACUUAUGAACAGCUCCAGCAGCUCGUCAAUCUAGUUGCCAACAAGGAGAUCGAGCCACCUCCUUACACACUGUUUCCGGCCGAGAAAGCCCAAGAGGUGAUCAGGAAAAUGCUCAGGUCAGAGGUGAACGGGAGGGCAAUCCUCCAGUUCACGGAUCUCGUGUGAAGAGCGCCCUCUUCGUGGAAAGGAGACCCUUGAAUGAACGAGGGCUUCGGAUACAUGGAUUCCACUGCUUCGCUUUCGGCCCCCUCUUUUUGCCUCUAGGGAAAAAUUGUCUGCAGGUUCAUGCAUAGAUAACCAAAGUACGAAUGGGGCUUUCUACUCUCAUGAUCUGUCAUCGUGUGGAAGAAACUGGAUAUGGCCCAUUCACCUUCUCCAGCAUUCCCUUGGUUUUCUUUUUUUCUUUUGUUAUUGCAUUCCUAAUCAAGGAAAACCCAAUGGUCAUCCAUUGCCGCAAUUUUCGUCUCUUGAACAUUCCACAGUGAAUGGUGUUUUCACGGGCCAGGUUUUUUUUUCUUUGCUUUUCACCAUGAAGUGGAAGAAUGUUUGCAACUUCGUUCUUUUCAUUCAGGGCAUGAUAGUGUGUCGCAUUAACGUAGUUCCAGGGUCAUACCAGGUGAAGGUUCCCCUGCAGCAGCCAAGCAUGAAACCUGAGAUUUUUGAUCAUCUCGCCCUCGUUUUGACUGUGAUAUUUUGGACGUGAGGUCAGCCCCUUGGAGGGAAUUCAUGGCGCAUGUGUGCUGGGAAAAAAAGAUUUCCUUACUCAAGAACCCCAAGCAGGCUGAUAACAUCACACAUGGAACCAAAAUUGAGGCUACCAAAGAGUCAAGAAUCUCUGGUUUGAAUGCGGUGAGGAAUUCUUGAAAAGUUGUCUCUGUGCAUAGGCCACUGCAAGAUUCCUCUUUCACUUCGAGAAUAAAGAAGUUCCACUGGACACCAU